CUGCGACCUCCUCGCCACCCCACUCCCGAGGCCGCUGCUAUUGGCAGGAUUUCCAGUUGAUGCCAAGCUCAUCUCCUUCCUUGCUAACUCCCAAGGGGUCCCCGGGAGACAUGGGGGGCGUGGUUCGAGAACCGGCACUCACAGUGGCCCUCUGGUUGAGUUGGGGGGCGGUGCUGGGGGCUGUGGCUUGUGCCAUGGCUCUGAUGAUCCAACAAACAGAGCUGCAAACCAUAAGGAGAGAGGUGAGCCGUCUGCAGAGGACCGAAGGCACCUUCGUGAAGGGGGAAGGGCAUCCACGGUCGGGCCUCCGGGAGCAGAGCCCUGAUACACUGGAAGCCUGGGAGAACGGAGAGAGAGUGCGAAGGAGGAGAUCAGAGCUCACCCAUAAACAGAAGAAGCAGCGCUCACUUCUGCACCUUGUUCCCAUCAACGUCACCUUCAAGGAGGACUCUGAUGUGACAGAGGUGAUGUGGCAACCGGUUCUCAAGCGUGGGAGAGGACUGGAGGCCCAAGGACAAGUUGUUCGAGUCUUGGAGGCUGGAAUUUAUCUGCUGUACAGCCAGGUCCUGUUUCAUGAUGUGACUUUCACCAUGGGUCAGGUGGUAUCCCGGGAGAGCCAGGGAAGGCAGGAGACCCUAUUCAAAUGUAUCCGAAGUAUGCCUUCCAACCCAGAUUGGGCCUACAAUACCUGCUACAGUAGUGGUGUCUUCCAUUUACAACAAGGAGAUAUUCUGAGUGUUGUGAUCCCCCGUGCAAGGGCGAAUCUGAGCCUCUCUCCACAUGGAACCUUCCUGGGGUUUGUGAAACUGUGAUUGUGCUAUAAAAAAAGAGAGAGAAAGAGAAAGGAAAAAGAAAAACAGGUGGUUCUGCACUUGGAAGAUCAGGGUGGGUACACAUCGAAAACAUUCAGGAGCUGACUAGA